AUGUAUCGGUACCUGGAGAUAUCGGAGAAAGCACAUCUGGAAGGCGACGACAACCACAGUGAUUACCUGAAAUCUAGGUACGAGCUGUGGACAAGUACUUUAAGCACUGAGCUCACUGAUACUGCUAUGAACCUGGCCUAA